CGCCCCUCUGCGGGUAACUUUUUGAAUUGGCUGCGGCCGCCGGCGGCGAGGAAUGGCGGUAAAAGUGAGAAGGGUCGGUUCUUGAAAAGGUGGAACUUCCAGGGCGUCUUUUGAGAGUGACAUUGCAGAAGAGUACAAAUAAUGGCUGAAAAUAGUGCAUUAACAUCCACUACUGGGAGUACAAGCUUGGCAGACUCUUCCAUUUUUGAUUCUAAAGUUACCGAAACUUCUAAGGAAAACUUAUUUAUUGGAUCUACUUCAUAUGUCGAAGAAGAAAUGCCUCAGAUUGAAACAAGAAUAAUACUGGUUCAAGAAGCUGGAAAACAAGAAGAACUUAUAAAAGCCUUAAAGACUAUUAAAAUAAUGGAAGUCCCUGUUAUAAAGAUAAAAGAAAGUUGUCCUGGAAAAACGGAUGAAAAAUUAAUAAAAAGUAUUGUUAAUAUGGAAAUUAAAGUGCCAUUUGUAAAGAUGGAAUCAGUUGAAGAAUUUAAAAGUUUGGAUUCUCCAGAAUUUGAAAAUGUAUUCAUAGUCAUGGAUUUCCAGGAUUCUGUCUUUAAUGAGUUAUACAAGACUGACUGUAGAGUUAUUGGACCACCAGUUGUAUUAAACUGUGCACAAAAAGGAGAGCCUUUGCCAUUUUCAUGUCGCCCACUCUAUUGUACAAGCAUGAUGAAUCUAGUACUAUGUUUUACUGGAUUCAGGAAGAAAGAAGAACUAGUCAGAUUGGUGACAUUGGUUCAUCACAUGGGUGGAGUUAUUCGAAAAGACUUUAAUUCAAAAGUUACACAUUUGGUGGCAAAUUGUACACAAGGAGAAAAAUUCAGGAUAGCUGUGAGCCUGGGUACUCCAAUUAUGAAACCAGAAUGGAUAUAUAAAGCUUGGGAAAGGCGGAAUGAACAGGAUUUCUGUGCAUCAUUUGAUGAAUUUAGAAAUGAAUUUAAAGUUCCUCCAUUUCAAGAUUGCAUUUUAAGUUUCCUGGGAUUUUCAGAUGAAGAGAAAACCAAUAUGGAAGAAAUGACUGAAAUGCAAGGAGGAAACUAUUUACCUGUUGGAGAUGAAAGAUGCACUCACCUUAUAGUUGAAGAGAAUAUAGUAAAAGAACUUCCAUUUGAACCUUCAAAGAAACUUUAUGUUGUCAAGCAAGAGUGGUUCUGGGGAAGCAUUCAGAUGGAUGCCCGAGCUGGAGAAACUAUGUAUUUAUAUGAAAAGGCUAAUACACCUGAGCUCAAGAAAUCAGUAUCACUACUUUCUCUAAGUACCCCAAACAGCAAUCGCAAAAGACGUCGUUUAAAAGAGACACUUGCUCAGCUUUCAAGAGAGACAGACAUGUCACCUUUCCCUCCCCGUAAGCGCCCGUCAGCUGAACAUUCCCUUUCUAUAGGGUCACUCCUAGAUAUCUCCAACACACCAGAAUCUAGCAUUAACUACGGAGAAACACCAAAGUCUUGUACUAAGUCAUCUAAAAAUUCUACUCCAGUUCCUUCAAAGCAGUCAGCCAGGUGGCAAGUUGCAAGAGAGCUCUAUCAGACUGAAAGUAAUUACGUAAAUAUAUUGGCCACAAUUAUUCAGUUAUUUCAAGUGCCAUUGGAAGAGGAAGGACAACGAGGUGGGCCUAUCCUUGCACCAGAAGAGAUUAAGACUAUUUUUGGUAGUAUUCCAGAUAUCUUUGAUGUACACACUAAGAUAAAGGAUGAUCUUGAAGACCUUAUUGUUAAUUGGGAUGAGAGCAAAAGUAUUGGUGAUAUCUUUCUUAAAUAUUCAAAAGAUUUGGUAAAAACGUACCCUCCCUUUGUGAACUUCUUUGAAAUGAGCAAGGAAACAAUUAUUAAAUGUGAAAAACAGAAACCAAGAUUUCAUGCUUUUCUGAAGAUAAACCAAGCUAAACCAGAAUGUGGGCGGCAAAGCCUUGUUGAACUUCUCAUCCGACCAGUACAGAGGUUACCCAGUGUUGCAUUACUUUUAAAUGAUCUUAAGAAGCAUACAGCUGAAGAAAAUCCUGACAAAAGCACUCUAGAAAAAGCUAUUGGAUCACUAAAGGAAGUAAUGACCCAUAUUAAUGAGGAUAAGAGAAAGACAGAAGCUCAAAAGCAAAUUUUCGAUGUUGUUUAUGAAGUAGAUGGAUGUCCAGCUAAUCUUUUAUCUUCUCACCGAAGCUUAGUUCAGCGAGUUGAAACAAUUUCUCUAGGUGAGCACCCCUGUGACAGAGGAGAACAAGUAACCCUCUUCCUCUUCAAUGACUGCCUAGAGAUAGCAAGAAAACGACAUAAGGUUAUUGGCACUUUUAGGAGUCCUCAUGGCCAGACCCGACCCCCAGCUUCUCUUAAGCAUAUUCAUCUAAUGCCUCUUUCUCAGAUUAAGAAGGUGCUAGACAUACGAGAGACAGAAGAUUGCCAUAAUGCUUUUGCCUUGCUUGUAAGGCCACCUACAGAGCAGGCAAAUGUGCUGCUCAGUUUCCAGAUGACAUCAGAGGAACUUCCAAAAGAAAACUGGCUAAAGAUGCUAUGUCGACAUGUAGCCAACACCAUUUGUAAAGCAGAUGCUGAGAAUCUUAUUUACACUGCUGAUCCAGAAUCCUUUGAAGUAAGUACGAAAGAUAUGGACAGUACAUUGAGUAGAGCAUCUAGAGCAAUAAAAAAGACUUCAAAAAAGGUUACAAGAGCAUUCUCUUUCUCCAAAACUCCAAAAAGAGCUCUACGAAGGGCUCUUAUGACAUCCCAAAGUUCAGUGGAGGGAAGAAGUCCUUCUAGCAAUGAUAAGCAUGUAAUGAGUCGUCUGUCUAGCACAUCAUCAUUAGCAAUUACCCAUUCUGUUUCCACAAGCACUAUAAUUGGAUUUACUAAGCAUGGUUAUGUUCAGUGCUCAAACUCUACUGGUGGGCGCUCUCAAAACUCCUGGUUUCGAUCUAUACGUCAUUCUGCCUCACGAGCUAGUUUUUCAGAGAUGCUAGAAGGAAAUACUGAGUUUUCAAAUUUCAAAAAAGUUCUAUCCAAGUCAUCUUUGACAUUUGUGAAGAAUUAGGAGAUAUGCCAACCAGUAAUGGAAACAAGCCUCGUGAAGUUUAAUGGCAUCCCAUCUCCUUCCCUUGUCAGCCUUCCUUCCUUCUUUGAAAGGAGAAGUCAUACUUUAAGUAGAUCUACAACUCAUUUGAU